CCAAGAACAGUGAUAGGCCCUUACUAACACUCUAUGAUAACAGCGGAAAAGCAGGGUAACAUACUCCUCAAGCUGCCAACAAAAUAAAAUACACUGACUAUAAAAUUGUUUAUAGAAUUCCACUAUGACACACGCACUGUGGAUACCUUGGCUAGGCUGGUGUUGACAGAAUAUAGAAGUAAAAGGGAAAACAUGGCCAAUUUAAUGAACUAUUGGAUAGUGUUUUUAUAUUGUUUAAUAACAACACUAAAAAUAUGUACAUCUCAGUCGUGCAUUCAUCUUGUAGCCGGACAAAUGUAUAAUGUGUCGCAAACAUAUUCCAACGUCAAUUCCAAUGUAGAUUUUAAUUUGAUACCUUCAAUUGGAAAUAAAUAUGGGAUAGCGAACUGUUCUGUCACCAAUGUUACCAAUUGUGUCAAUCAUACAACUAAUUUUAAUGCAGUUAUAAAUGGUGAUCACGUACUACUUACUUUUAAAGCAGACAUCUAUAUAAAAGGCAUAGAAGUGAUUCUCGAUUCCCAGCCAGCGAAGAACGUUUGCUUUACCAUCACAGCCAAACUUGAUACUUUUAAGUGCACUAGCAGAGAAAUUGGAUUUCAAAUAUACAUUGUGUGCAUAGCUCCCGAUGUGUAUCCAGGACAACAAAAUGGCGUUUGCACUCUCUAUAAAAAGAAUGCACAAACCGUGAUCUCUAUUAGUAACACCAAUACACCAAAUACUCCAUUGUAUAACUUAAACUGUACGUUUUCUCUGACACAACUAGAUUCAGUAGACAACAGUUAUGUUAUCUCUUUAAAGUAUUUGACAACAACUAAGAAUGAUUCACUAGAUAUCUCCUACACAGAUUUAAAGAUCAAGACUUGGACUAAAGACCAAGGAGUCCUCACUCUGAACCACAGCAUAACUUUAACUUGUGAGACUUCGCUCAUUCCAGCUGACCAAAUCACUAUACAAAGGAGAUAUUUACGUCAGACUCUUAAAACUUCAACCAACGCCUGGAGACUACAGCAUACUAUCAACAUGUUCAAUUGUCAAAAUGUAGAUCAAUAUGUGUGCAUAAUUUCAAACAAAACUGAAACUCGUUCUUCGGAAUUAGCUCUCUACCCUAACUUUGAGUGUGCUCCCCGAGCUGAUCAUCUCAGCCAGGAAAGUCGAACGUUUUCAGUCCAGCAAGGGCACGACUUAUUUUUCUCAAGUGACAUCUUUAGUCUAAACUGCAAGGACUUAGUGUUCUCUAUUUGGUUUGAAGAGCGUGAUCAGGUAUUUUUGGCCAGGACAGAACUGUACACGGUGUCUUGCAAUAACUACUCACUUUUUUAUUGUAGUGCCAAUGUGGCAAUGUAUGCUUUUCGUGAGAGUGAUUACAAAACGUAUAUUCUAAACAUCAAGUAUAGAGGCCUGGAGACCGGGUUACAGUUUACAGUACAACCAACAGGUUCAGAUGUUGAUUAUAAGGAUGCAGUGAUUGGAGUGAGUGUAACAGCCGGUUUCCUGCUUUUAAUUGUCGUUUCGUUAGUGGUGGUGUUAGUGUGUCUAUGGCGGCGACGUGAAAACCCAGGCCGGGCUACUGUUAACAACAGCAGGAAAUCCAGUCAGACCAUUUUAAAACAGGAACUUUACGAUGACAUGAACCAGUCUGAAAACUAUCAUCAUAGCUACGGAGAACAUACGCUACAAAACACGCCAGUUCGUAGACUAAGUAGCAGCGAAGAAGAAAAGUACGAGAUUAUGACGACAGGUCAGCAUCUCCAAGACCAGCAGACAAGGGGCACAACCACAUCACCAUCAAAUUAUAAAUCAAAUAAAGCCUCAGCUGUGACUAAACCGAAAAAUAGGCUUGCCCAGAACUCCAGGACAGAAGAGUUUGCAGGGCCUACAAGGGAACAAGAACUUUAUGGUAACAUUCAGGAUCAUCAACCAGUGUAUGGAAAUAUUGAUCCUCAUUCAUAGACAUCAUUCUCUUAGUUGGCCAGAUUUCUAGUGAUUACACUAAGCUUUCAAUAGCUUUUCACGAUGUUGACAGACUUGCAGUUCAUGAUUUGUGUUAGAAUAAAAAUAAAAAUUGGCUGUAUGUAUAUAUAUAUACAUUAAUUUAUAAUGAUAAAAUAAAUAUUCAUAUU